AUGGAUGUCAUGGCAUUAGUCCAAAAGUACGGAAAGCCAAAUAUCUUCCUUGCAAUGACCUGCAAUCCCAAUUGGGAAGAGAUAGUUUGUGCACUAGAACCUGGCCAAACCCCACAAGACCGCCCUAAUCUCAUUGUUAGAGUAUUCAAAGCUAAGUUGGAGGACCUAAAGAAGCAGCUAUUCAAGAAGCGCAUCCUCGGCAAGGUAAUUGCGUAUGUGUAUGUAAUUGAGUUCCAAAAGAGAGGCCUCCCACAUGCUCACUUCCUGUUGAUCAUGGAGUCCGGAUACAAGCUCACAACUCCAGAGCAAUAUGAUCGCCUCAUCUCAACUGAGCUUCCAGACAAGCAUAAGUAUCCAGAGCUAUAUGCGAUGGUAAUAAAGCAUAUGAUGCACGGGCCUUGCGGGGUCUUAAACCCCAAGAACGUGUGCAUGCAGGAUGGAUGUUGCAAGAAUCGGUACCCACGUCCUUUUAACACGACUACCGUCCAAGGAAAGGACUCGUACCCCCUUUACCAGAGACGUGAUGACCAUCGUCGAGCACAAGUCCGAGGGAAAAUUCUAGAUAACAGGUGGGUUGUGCCAUAUAACCCUUACCUCCUGAGGAUGUACAAUUGUCAUAUCAAUGUUGAGGUGUGCUCUAGCAUAAAGGCCGUUAAGUACCUUUACAAGUACAUAUACAAGGGGCACGAUCGAACUUCGGCCUCUCUUGAUGAGCCUGAUAGUAAUGGCGACAUUGAUGAGAUCAAGAGAUACUUAGAUGCGAGGUGGGUUACACCACCAGAGGCACUAUGGAGGAAGUGA